UGCGAAACUAAGAUCACUCGUGUCGUGCUGUGGGGCCUUCCCGAAGGAGUUUAUUCCCUUGAAUAUUUGGUGGCUUUUCCCAGCUCAGUUCUGACAAAGGCUACGAGAUAAACAGAAAAGCAAUUCACUGAAGUAUUUGGAAGUGGGAAUUAAAGGCGACAAGUAUACCUUGGACCGAGAAGAAAUCGUCGAAAAGAAUCGUUGAAAUUGUCAAAAUUUUAAAUAAUUGAUUAGUGAGUGCCGAAAGAAGUUAGGAAGGGGAUAUACAAUUUCUUUGACCACAUCGAUCACCAUGCAGUCACUUCAAGAACGUCAAGCAAUUAUUUUUCUGGUUCUAACGCUUUCAUCAAUCACUGCUGUAAGUUCCCUUCAUCUGCGAGCAGUGUUUGACAUGAGUGGCAUCAGGGGUGAAAUAGGCUUCACGCGAGGUACAAAUGGCUACACUCGUAUCUCGACGAAUCUUACUGGAAUAACCUCCGAUUUGAUAUGGAGAAUCCAUCAGUACCCCGUUGUGUACCGCGGUAACCGAAUGCAUACCUGCACAGACCUUUACAUCGGUCGAAUGUUUGACCCGACAGGGAAAAGUUCCCGGGAGAAUUACACCACAAGUUGCAACGCAAAGAUGCAUGAUAUGUGUGCUGUUGGGGACCUCUCUGGUAAACACGGUCACUUAAAUUCCUCAACGAGUGUCCUACACGAUUCAAAUCUACCCCUAGAUGGCCAUAACAGUAUAUUCGGCAGCACAGUUGUUCUCUAUGUAAACGGUACAAUUCCAUGGGCAUGCGCGUUGAUAGAUUACGACGACGUCAUCACAGCAGUGGCAACAUUUCGGGGCGUUAUCUCCGGGGUCACAGGUACGGUGAGACUGCGCCAACCCCGGGGAAACGCGUCUAUGGAUACCACGGUUGAUAUUGAUCUGUUUUAUUCGAAUGAUGCGACUAAGGGAUCUUACAAUUUGACACUUGAGAUCGCAGACUCAUCUUUGCCUGAGGAUGGAAGGCCUUCGUUUGAGGGGAAAGAUUGCAAAAAAACAACCAGCCGUGUUAUAUCUCGUCGUGUGAACGUUCCUCUUGCACGUAAGGGGCCUUCAAGCGAGCGACUGCACUUCUGCUUGAGCGACCUUCCCCUGGAUGGGGCUAAGAAUGUAAUCGGCAAGACUUUGGUUCUAAAAAGAAACAGCGAGCCAAUCAUAUGUGGUAUGGUUUCCGAAGUUGUUCCGAUCGAAGCUGACGUUACGUUCGAUAUCGACGGCGUGAAAGGCAUGUUCCACUUCAAACAAGACUCGGAGCUCGCCCCAACAGUGGUUACUACCGAUAUAAAAGGACUGGAUGCUAAAGCGAACACUUACCAUGUUCACGUGUACAGAGUGCUGGAUAAAGUGCUCACACAUUAUCAAAACACAAGGGGUAUGUGUGCUGGUACUUACCUGUCUGGACAUUGGAAACCGUACGAUACUAAGUCUGCUUCGCCAGGGAAAGGUACUGUCGAUCAAUACGAGGUUGGUGACCUGAGCGGCAAAUACGGAACUAUUGGCCCUAAUGACACGCUUUCGUUUGUCCGUAAAGACUACAAUCUACCGUUGUUUGGAGCAAAUAGCAUUCUCUUUCGUUCUAUGGUCAUUCAUUUUAACAACGGUAGUCGAUGGGUGUGCUCGAACAUCAACCCGAAGAAUGAAACUUUCCACUUUGAUGUGAAAGCAAACUUUAUUGGACCUGAGUUCAAUGGCUCUAUUGUGGUGGAACAAGCAAGUUUUGUCAAAAAGCAUGGUGCAAGUCACAUCACGUCAUUCUUUUUGGAUCUGAAAUACAUGAAUGGUUCUCACGUUAAAACGGAUAGUCACAACUGGCACGUUCAUGCUAAAGACAUAGUCCGAGACCAAACAUCUCAAGUCGGGGAGAGGUGUAAAUCCGCUCAAACUCAUUAUAAUCCAUACAAAGUUAGCUUAAAGGCAAACUAUUCAAAGACCUGUGGCCCAAUGAACUUGUUACGUUGCGAACUUGGAGACUUGUCAAGUAAAGUUGGAAAAUACAGCAUCAGUGGCGGAAAGAAUCGUUUUACCGAGUCAGAAAAUUACUUUGCUAGCAUGAACACAAUUCUAGGUCGUUCCAUUGUUGUUCACGCCAAAGAUGGUGGAGGAUCCCGAAUAGGCUGUGCCAACAUGAAGCUGAUCAGCAAAAGUUUUGUUGAGAAGCGUUUAACGUUCCAGAAUACAACAGCAAGAUUUGACGAUUUCACCAAGCUCUUAGCCACGACACUCGGGAUCAAUCAUUGGAGAGUAGUCCACUAUACGCCCAUUACUACUUUUAGGCAGAAAUGUCAAACAACGACCUUUCUUCUAAUUGAUGAUAAAAGUUCCGAUCUUGGGAAAGAUUUUGAAAAUCUGAAGAAGAGAUGGCCAAGUGAAUUGAAAGACUUCAAACCAGUGUCCGAUGACGAAUGCGAUACCAGUGAACCUACUCGUCCUACUCGUCCUACUCAGCCUACUCCCCCCAUGAUCACGGUACGUGCACGUGAAUGAUACGAUGUCUACUGG